UUACCAGUGAGUUUAUCUCCGCAUCGCACAACAGUUUACCAGUGAGUUUAUCUCCGCACAACAGUUUACCAGUGAGUUUAUCUCCGCACCGCACAGCAGUUUACCAGUGUGAUGAGUAACGGGACGUGGCUGGUCUUCCUGCCCCUGGCACCCAUGGAGACAGGGUCAGGGAGUCUCCUGGUUGUCGCCUUCCUCACGGUCAUGUUGGCUACUGGCUCUCUACUGCUGCUGGUUCACCUACUGGGCUUCCACAUCUAUCUCUUGGUCAACAAAAUGAGCACGUAUGACUACAUUAUAACAAGACGCCGUAAACAGGCCAGCCAGCAGGACGUAGAGAUGGGUUUUCCCCAGUCAUCUGACAGCAACGGCAACGCAGGACAGAAUCAUCCGCAAAUGGAACCCUCCAUCGAUUGUGAUGCGUUGUUGUCAGACAGUGUCAGCUGCAAGAAUCAGGAAACGGGAACUAUUGCAAGUCGACCUUCUGGAUCUUUCUGUACUGAGUUGGACAACUUUACUAAAUCAUCAGAAAAGGAAAAUGGCUUUUACUAUGGCACAGAGCUACCCACCCAGAUUAUACCAGGUGAAGUGGUGAUGGAUGACCCCUUGGGCUGGAGGUUGGGUGGAGGUGGAGAGGGCCCUAGAGCAGGCCCGUGUGAGGGGGGUCCCUUGCACUGACAGAGCUCAUCAGUAGCUGGUCUCUGAUGCUCUGCAGGUGGCCACACACAGUACCUGAGGAACUAAAGGCAUUGACACGCCAUAGUGACUGUCGGCCGUGUGCAGUACAGUAGAUCACCUACUGGAUGGUGACUAACUGCGGUCGAUUCAACAUGUCAAAUCUUUGGGAAAUGAACAAACAAUGACUGUUGCUGUUGUCUGGUCAGAAGCCAUGGAAUCGUCCACCGGCAGCAGUAUUGACCCAGCACAGCACUGAAGCCACCGUGAUGCGUCCAACGGACCUCCUGCUGUUGCCUAUGACGAUCACCACUUGAAACUGGAAAUGGACAUUUUUAUAAUUGAUUAUUUUAAUCGGAUGUUUACACUGAGUGACGGGAAGGACAUUUAUAUUGCAGCAAUUGUAUGUAUUUUAUCUGGGGAGUUAAAUAAUUGUUUUACCUAUGUUUUAUUAGUUAAUUUAGCCAUAUCAGAUCAUAAUGUUCUUGCCUGAAUUUUAAAAAAUUAAAUGUGUAAACACACCGUA